UCGACUUAGUGAUGGAAUGAAAACUUGGAAAGGAAGAAACUCUUCGAAUUUAUUUCGUAAUUAGGAUAAUACGACAUGAACAACAAGGGGAAUAUGGAUGGAAUAACUGAUAUGGAGUAACAUCUCUCUCACCGUCUGUCUUUCGUCAACCAUUUUCAGGGGGCUGGAGGGGGCAGGGACAGGGGCCAUGGCAGAGGCAGAGGAGGCCCUGGGACAGGAGGACUGGAAGGAGAAGUGUUUCGUCCUGGAAGCCCUGCUCAUGAAGUUCCGGGUGCAGAUCAUCAAGAUCCGAGAGCUAACGGCAGACAAGAUUCAGCAGCUGGAGACGCAGGUGGUAGAGGCAGACAAAUGUGCCUUCAAAGCUCACCAGCAGGUGCAGUGGAUGGAGGAGAAGGUGAAGGCUCCCGACGGUCAGUCAGGUGACUCCGAGGUGCGGUUGUUCAAACGCUGUCAGGACCUACAGUCUCUCCUACAGGAGAAGGAUGAUGUCAUCACCCUGCUGGAGACACAACUGGAGGAGCAGAAACAGAUCCGAGCCCAGGAUGCUAAGACUGUGGAGGAGAAAGCAGCGAAGAUCAAAGAGUGGGUGAUGCUGAAGCUGUGUGAGUUUGAGGUGGAGAAUGCUGCUCUGAGAGAGACCAACAUUCAGCAGGAGGCUCAGAUCCAGGAGUUACAGAAGCAGAUGCAGGCCCUGGAGCAAAAGCGAGGAGUUGGUGUACAGUCUAAGCCCGGGGAAGCCCAGCGUCUCAGCAGCCUGACAUUUGGCUGUUUCCAGGUACGAGGGAAGAACCCCCAGGUUCUAACAGGCCCCGAGCCCGUCCAGAGGACCCUCAGAACCCAGCCCGAGGCCGAAGGGGGGAACAACACUGAUAACGGUACUAACCAGACAUCAGUCUCCUCCGGGGCAGAGAGUGGAGGCCACAGACCAGCAGAUGCUACCUCAGAGGACGAGACUGAGAGUGUGUGUGAGAGCGCAGGAGGGCCAGAGUUUCGCUGUGUGUCCUCUGUGCUCUCCAUUGCUGCUUCAGAGGGCGAGGGUGGACGUUUCAGUGAGGGAGGGGGGUGUCCGCUGAAGUACACCCGUCCCGGCAGCGAUACCUACCUCACGGCGUCCGAUGACAGCAGCUCUCUGUUCGAUGAUGACAUGGAGCGUACUAAGCGCCCCCACUUCCACCUGCCGGGGUCCGGGGAGGGGGGGCUGGCGGAGAAGGACGGGGUCAGGGAGAGGAAGCUUGAGGACUGCUCCUCGGACGAACUCAACAAACGCUUCCAGUCCCAGAGACUAGACUCUUCGUCCUCCUCCAGUGACCCCUCCAACACCCCUAGCCCCAUCCUCACCCCCAUCCUCACCCCCAAACGCCCCACCUCCACCCAGGACUCCAGAGACCUCCCUGCCUCCCCCAAGCAGCCCCGCCUGCGGACGACCGCUGGAUUUGGCGUGAUGAGCGUGGCCCUGGCCAAGAGACACCUGAGCCAGCCGCCAAUCAGCACGGAGGCGGCUCAUGGACGGACGCGCAACGCCAUCAGCAUGCUCCGCCCCCUUAGGCCCCAGGAGACCGACCUGGAUCAGGAACAGGAGGUCAGCAUGGAGACAAGUAGAGACACGCCGCCUCAGCCAGCCACCAAGCCAACCUUGCGCACCUCACCAGCCUCACUCGCCACGGACGAAGAGGAGCCCCCAGAGAGCCCAGACCCCCCUCCCACGGUGCCAGGGAGCAAGCCACCAACACCCCCUCUACACAGGUUCCCCUCCUGGGAAAGCCGGAUAUAUGCAGUGGCUAAGUCUGGCAUCAGGCUGUCAGAGACCUCAUGUACAGACCAGACAAGCAAAGACCCCUCCCUCCAGUCCUCGUACCCUGCUUUUGUGCUCUACACAUCCCUCAUCUAUAAGAACAUGACCACGCCUGUUUACACUACGCUGAAGGGGAAAGCCACUCUGCUGAGCAGUAGUCCAUUCUCAGAGGAGUCGUGCAGCUCAGAGGAGUCGUGCAGCUCAGAGGAGUCGUCCAGCUCAGAAGUAGAGGAAGCAUCUAAAUGUAGCUCACACCCCUCUAGAUCCGGCCCCCGCAAGAACAGCAACCCCGGCAGCCCCCGCUCCCUCAAGAGAGCAGUGUCCAUGACGUCCAUGACAUCAGAGAGUGACUAUGCCAUUCCUCCUGAUGCCUACUCUACUGACACAGAGUGUUCUGAGCCAGAGCAGAAGCUGCCCGAGACCUGCUCCAGCACCCGCGACAAUGGCAAGAGUGAGCCCAUGGAGAAGUCAGGGUACCUCCUGAAGAUGGUGAAGACGUGGAAGAAGACUUGGAAGAGGCGCUGGUUUGUCCUCAAAGAUGGAGAGCUGCUCUAUUACAAGUCACCGAGUGAUGUCAUCCGGAGACCACAGGGUCAGAUUGAGGUCAACGCCACCAGUAGUAUCGCCCGCGGUGACGGGAAGCAAGUGCUCCAGAUUGUUACAGGGAAGAGGGUAUACUAUCUGAAGGCAGACUCUCCCAACCUGCUAGAGGAGUGGCUGAGGGUUCUACAGAGUGUUCUGAGGGUCAAAACAGCCAGCCCACUGUUCGCUCAGCCUGAGAUACGACCCGGGAUGAAGGGCCACCUCAUCAAGGUGAAACAUGGCUACUCCAAGCGGGUGUGGUGUGCCCUCAUCGGUAAAACUCUCUACUACUUCCGCAGUCAGGAAGACAAGUUCCCCCUAGGUCAGAUCAAGCUGUGGGAGGCUCGGGUGGAGGAGGUGGACAGGUCACGUGACUCGGAUGAGGAGCUGAAGUCAUGCGGGAGGGGCUUAGAGGCCACGCCCCACACCAUAGCUGUCCAUCCCCAGGAGCAGGGCCCCACCUACCUGCUCAUUGAAUCCCGACAUGAGAAGGAUGCUUGGCUGUAUCACCUGUCGGUGGCAGCGGGCACCACUUUGUGCAAGGUGGGCACAGAGUUUGAGCAGUUGGUGGGCAAACUGCUCAAUGUGGAGGGAGAAGCAAACUCUCAGAUCUGGAGACACCCCAUGCUGUGUUUCAGUAAAGAGGGUCUGGUCUCUCCGCUCACCACCCUGCCCUCUCAGGCCCUGCAGACUGAGGCCAUCAAGUUGUUUAAGACAUGCCAGCUCUUCAUCAACGUGGCCAUCGAUGCUCCAGCUAUUGACUACCACGUGUCCCUGGCCCAGAGUGCUUUGCAGGUGUGCCUGACCCACCCAGAGCUACAGAACGAGUUGUUCUGUCAGCUCAUCAAACAGACAACCAAGAGACAGCCCCAAGGGCAGCCCUGGCCCUUACAGGGCUGGCAGUUCCUGGCUCUGUGUGUGGGUCUCUUUCUGCCCCAGCACCCCUUCCUUUGGCUGCUGCAGGUACACCUUAAGAGGCAUGGAGACUCAAGAACAGAGGUGGGUAAAUACGCUAUCUACUGUCAGAGGUCGGUAGAGCGGACACAGCAAAAGGGUGAGCGUCAGGCCAGGGCGUCCCGUAUGGAGAUCCUGUCUAUCCUUCUCAGGAACCCAUACCACCACUCACUGCCCUUCAGUGUACCUGUUCACUUCCUCAACAAUACAUACCAGGUAGUGGGCUUUGAUGCCUCUACCACAGUGGAGGAAUUUCAGUGCAGACUGAACCAAGACACAGGCAUCAGGAAAACUGGUCAAUCAGGCUUCAGCCUCUACACGGACGACCCUACUGGACGAGAGCUGGAGCACUGUCUACAGGGGGGCAUCAAGAUCUGUGACAUCAUCUCCAAAUGGGAGCAGGCCUCCAAGGAGCAGCACACGGGCAAGUCUGAGAACACCAGGACUGUCAGGCUCACCUACAAGAACAGGCUCUACUUCUCUCCUCAGGUGAGAGGUGAGUCCGAGAGAGAGAGACUGCUCCUGGCCUACCAGGCCAACGAGGCCAUCGCAGCAGGACACUUCCCUGUCAACAAGGAGCUGGCUCUGGAGAUGUCUGCCCUGCUUGCCCAGGUGGAGUUUGGAGAUUUUGAGCGUCCGUUCUCCACCCCAGCCAGCCCCAACUCAGCCCAGACCAAGUCCAACCAGACCCUGAAACAGGUACUGGAGAGGUUCUACCCAAAACACUACCGCAGGACAUCCACCGAGGAACAACUCAGGCAACUGCGCCAGCGUCUGUCCACCCGAUGGGCAUCACUCAGGGGUCGAAGUUCAUCCGAGUGUGUACGCAUCUACCUGACUGUGGCCAGGAAGUGGCCCUUCUUCGGGGCCAAGCUGUUUGAAGCAGAGUCCAUCAUGCCCUCUCCAGAGCAGGGUGCCCGCCUGUGGCUGGCAGUGCACGAGGACGGCAUCAGCGUGCUGGAGCACAACUCAAUUAAACUGCUGGUGUCCCACCCUUAUAAGAACCUGAUGACGUUUGGAGGCUGCAGGCAGGACUUUAUGCUGGUGGUAAGCCAGAGCAUUGGCAGUAAUGCUACCAAAGACAAGCCCACAGAGAAACACCUGUUCACUAUGGCCACCUCCAAGAACAGGGAGAUGACCCUUCUCAUCUCCAGUUACAUCAACAGUGCCCAUCAACAGAAAGCCGCCACCCACCACCUCUCUGCCCCUGCCUUGCUGGUGGCUCAGCCUGUCAAUCUCAAGAGCAAAGAGCUAAGGAGUAAAUCACCACCAGCAGCGGGCAGACCUAGCAAGGCACCUACUCUCCUGUGAUCGCCCUUCUACAAGCUGCAAGUACAGCUACAUACAUUUAUGUCAGGCCAGGGGAUCAGCAGAGUACAUGGAAUCAGGGUUGUGUUCAGUAGGUACGAAAUGGAGUGAAACAGGGGGGUACAAUCUUAACCUGUCCAAUAAAAAACAACCAUUUAACUUUUCCCAUUGAAAAACGUUUUGCUAAGUUGUGGCAUAAUGACGCCACCCAGUCUCGUCUCUGAUCACGUGACAGGGGACUGACGAACUCCAGUGCAGAGACUUAUGGCAUGGUACAGUGGGUACAUGGUUACAAUGGUCCAUAGUGAGCUUUUUCUCAUCCCUGUGCACUUUAAUUCAUCCGCUGUAGAUUCUUCUGUUCGCUCACCAAAGAGCAAGGUCAGUGUUAUUUAUUGACAGACAGCCUUAAACUCUAAAGCCUUCUCUAGUUUAAGCUUCUCAGUAUUUUAUAUUGCUUGUUUUAUAUUCUUUGUAACUUUGUACACAGUUUACUUCCUGCCUUUUAACUUUUGUACCUCUGUUAUUAUAAUAAUAAUUUUGGGGGUGCUUAUAUUUGUCCUGUUACACACAAGUGUGUACUCCAAAUGUUUGUUGCAUAUCCCAACUCCCCAUUAGACACCCACAAGGAGUGGGGUCACGGCCAGGGUCGCCGUUGUAUAGCGCCUCUAUAUUUUUCUUCUGUUAUUACUAUGACGUAUAAUGCCAGUUUCCAACAGAGGACCUUUUUUUUGUUCAUAUUUCUGGGUGUGAGAUAAGGUAAAGGAAACCAACACGAUCAGCCUAUGAUAUAGCCUUAAAAACAAGUGCCAUGUAGAACAGGAUUACUGAAAGGAUAUAGGAUAACAUAGGAUGUUGUGGUUGGCUGCUGUUUUAGCCAACUGGUCCAUUAUGGUUGGAGUGGAGAGAUGAAUAAGCUUACUUCAUGCAAAGUUGGUUGCAUGUACAGUAUUGAGAAAGACUGCUUUAUGAGUAGUUGGUAUGUUAAAAGUCCAAUGCAGCUGUUUUUUAAAAUCUCAAUACCAUUUUCUGGGUAACCAUUAAGUACCUUACUGUGAUUAAAUUUUUUCAAGGACUUUCUGGGAGUGGCCUGCGUGAGGGGCCUAAUUGGAGGGAUGUGUAACCUUAAAACCAGCCUUUAUUGACAGGGUUGAGGGGAAACUCUCUUUGUUAUUGGUCUAUUAACUUAUCUCGCCUGGUGAUGUCACUUGGCGGUGUCAAAUCCCACCCAUUCAAUCAAGCUGAAAUGUCAGGCGCCCUUUUCAAACAGCCCUUACACUAAAAGGGCCUUUUCACAAUUUCACAGUAUUAUUCCAACUUUUAUAGUGUGGAAAUAUAUCAAACACAGGAAAAUCAUGUUUUAGACUGCACUGCCCCUUUAAAAGAUGGCCGCGCCCUAUGAAGUGGUGAGGAAAUACUACAUAAAUACUGCAUCAACUUCAAACUCCCUUGCUAGUUAUAUACAAUCAUGUAAAUAAGAAAUUUGCUGGAAAGUAACUUCAAAAUGAUUUAUUGUUUUGUUGAAUAGUCAUGACUGGUUCAAAAUAUCUGUCUUAAGAUGGCGGUGGCGAAGGAUAUCAUUGCUACAUUCCAGCGAAUUUCUUAGUUAUAUGAUUGUAUAACUAGCAAAGGGAUUUUGAAGUUGCAUUAUUUAUGGGCUCCCGAGUGGCGCAGCGGUCUAAGGCACUGCAUCUCAGUGCUAGAGGCGUCACUACAGACCCUGGUUCGA